AUGUCAGGACAGGUCGAUCCACUGCAGCCCCCGAGAAAACCUCUGUCCCUGGCCUUAUGGAACUUCACUUCACAAUGGUUCCUGAUACCGCAAGGCACAGGAAUCAUCAGCGUCAUUCUCGCUAGGCUAGACUACCAAUUUAACGGUCUUCAGAUACUGGCCAAGAUUGUGUGGAUAUAUACUAUCGUCCUCUUCGGCUUGUGUCUGGCAUCAUAUCUCCUUCGCGCAUUGAGCUAUCCAAAGCAUGUCCGCCAUGAACUGCGCACCAACCUCGUCGAGACGUCCUGUCUUUCGUGUAUUCCCAUCGUCUAUACCUCCAUCCUUCAGUUGGCCGUGAUCCAGUACGGUGACCGCGCCGGUCUAGCCAUCUAUAUCCUCUGGUGGACCGACACCGCGCUGUCGACUGUCGCGGCUAUCGGAAUCACAUAUGUCCAAUUCAAGAUCCAAGCGCCAGGUGUCCAGCGUCUCCCUCCAGCUGUGCUCCUACCUUUCAUUGCUAUCAAUACCUCUGCCGCCAGUGGGGGACUGAUUUGCCUUCAAAGUCACGUCAGUCCACGCCUCCAGAUUCCCGCCAUCAUCGUCGGAUACCUCGAACUCGGCGCCGGACUCUCGCUCGCCGGAGCAUUUACCGUCCUAGUCAUGUUCCAGCACUUCAAUCAGGUUCACUCACCAGCAGAAAAAGUCUUUCAAGACAUGAUCAUCUGUGGGCCAUUCGGACAAGGCUCAUUUGCUCUCCAGAUACUGGGCGAGGCUGUACAGGAAAGCUUUGGGGCGUACCACCGUGGUGUGUUCUUGACCGCAAAAGCAGCUGAUAUUAUCGGGCUGACAAGCCAAUUCAUGGGGCUUUUAACUUGGGGCUAUGGCGUAUUCUGGUGGUGCUUCGCCAUUCUUAGCAUUGGCCAUACUAUCGGUGCCCAGCCGCGUGGGGGGCGGAAACCCCCGUUCACUUUGGCGGCGUGGUCGAUCAUAUUUCCCUGGGGCGUGUUCACAAAUUCGGCCGUUGAACUUGGGAAAAUCAUGGACUCCCCCGCUUUUGCUGCUGUUUCCACCGGUCUUCUGCUUAUUGUGCUUGUGAUGUGGAUUGUCAACCAGCUCUUGACUAUUCGGGGGAUUACCGCCGGUCGCAUUUUUGGUCUCGAGCAUGGGUGGAGGGGAAAGGGUCCUGACGCGUUAAGGGGGGCCAAAGCUGCCUGA